CAUAAUUUCGUAGCGGACCGAAGCUCACGUUGGGGUCAACUAUUUAGAGGAUGCGCUAGUAGUUUAAUCUAAAAUGUCCAGUUUCUCCAGAUCUGCACAGCAAUGGGCGACCUUUGCCCGUUCCUGGUUCCUGAUUGAUGCCAGGAUGCAGCCGCCUGGGAAGAUUGCAGCUAUGUGUUCUAUUAGAUUACAGGGGAAACACAAACCUAUCUACCAUGCUCUGAGUGACUGUGGUGACCAUGUGGUGGUAAUAAACAGCAAACACAUAGCUUUCUCUGGGAACAAAUGGGAACAGAAAGUCUACUCAUCACACACGGGGUACCCUGGUGGAUUCAAACAAGUCACAGCUGCUCAGCUCCAUCAUAAGGACCCAAAAGCUAUCGUAAGGUUAGCAGUUUACGGCAUGCUGCCUCGGAACCUGCACCGGCGCACCAUGAUGCAGCGAUUACACAUCUUUCCUGAAGAUGAGCUGCCAUAUGACAUUCAAGCCAACCUGACAGAGGAGCUGCCUCAGCCCAGAGAAAUACCGAGGAAGCUCAGCGAGUACACUCAGGAGGAAAUAGAUGCCUUCCCCAGGCUGUGGACACCACCUGAAGACUACAAGAUGAAAUGAAGGCUGCCCAAUGAGACCGAGAAAGGGAGGGGAAAAAAAGGUCUUAUAUCAACACAACGCUGAAAGCAGCACCAUCCUCUGCUAUUGAUUUGUGUAAAUUUAGCCCGCAGUUUAUGCCUGCAGAACUGGCAUCAAAGCUCGACAGCACUUAACAUAACAUAGAUGCCAAGAACAUCAACAUUAUCCUACCAGGGGAACCUCUCUGUCGCUCCUGUCGGCUCCAGCGCGACCGCGGUGGGCCUGAAUUAUCCAAGGACAGCUUGAGAUUUCACCAUGUGGCUCAGCUGUGAGAAAAAUCAGAUUCUGUGGGUUUUUCCUCUGAUUACACACCAUGAAAUGAUCCGAUCUGGUCCAUUAAAAGUGGCAUCUGUUAGAGCUGAUCCUGCCUUUAAAGGCUUGUGGAUGCACAGUGAAACCAGUUAAUGUGUUACUAUAUGAGAAUCCCAAAAUGUUAACUUGAUCACGGCUGCUUUUUUUUUGGUUAUUAAGUUUCCAUCGAUAAAUCUGUUCCCCUUUUAAGUGAAUUGUAAAAAGGCUAAUAAACAGUUUAACGAAC